CUGUCUGUGCUACCAUCUUUACCAGGAUUUAGCCUGCAGAUUAGGACCUUAAACUGUCAUAAAUCUCUUUUCCAACAUGUUUGGCUGCUGGAGUUGCUCAGAAGCAUCCCAGAUAUAAAUAGGAUCUUAGUACACAAGGUGCUGCUUCAAGGAGAAUCACAGUGUUUUGAGUCAGCUUUUAGUGCCCGUUGUAUAUUCAUUGCUCCAUUCCUGGUUCUAUGUCUAUGCAUGCAGGUGGCUGUUGUGUAUACGUAAGGUAGAACUUUAGCUCGCAUAGCAAAAUGAACUAUUGCAUGCAAGAAUUCUAUGAUGUGCACCAGGCUGCUGCUAACAACUGCUGCAUGCAGCCUCCUGAUUAUUGCACGUAUAUUGAAGAUAGUCAGAGCUACAGCAGUUCUGAGGCUCAGGUCCUACACAACAAUAACAUAUAUAUGGAACAGGCCUGGGCGGUGAAUCAACCUUAUACCUGUAGUUACCCUGGAAACAUGUUUAAAAGCGAGUACUCUGAAAUGGACAUGGCCCUGAAUCAGUACAGCCAACCCGAGUAUUUCACUGAAGAAAAAACUACUUUUCCACAAAGGCAGUCUCCGAUGUACUCGCAGAAAAAAGGGUACAUACCCAGCUACUUGGAUAAAGAUGAGCUAUGCGUGGUGUGUGGAGACAAGGCUACAGGGUAUCACUACAGAUGUAUCACCUGCGAGGGCUGCAAGGGAUUUUUUCGAAGAACUAUUCAGAAGAACCUCCAUCCGAGCUAUUCUUGUAAAUAUGAAGGAAAAUGUGUUAUAGAUAAAGUAACAAGGAACCAGUGCCAAGAAUGUCGCUUCAAAAAGUGCAUCGCUGUUGGAAUGGCAACAGACUUGGUUUUGGAUGACAGCAAACGUUUGGCAAAAAGGAAACUCAUAGAAGAAAACAGAGAAAAAAGACGGAAAGACGAGAUACAGAAAUCACUUGUUCAGAAACCUGAACCCACACAAGAAGAAUGGGAGCUGAUACAAGUUGUUAGUGAAGCGCAUGUGGCCACCAAUGCACAGGGAAGCCACUGGAAACAAAAAAGGAAAUUUUUGCCAGAGGACAUUGGACAAGCUCCCAUAGUUAAUGCGCCUGAGGGUGGAAAAGUGGAUUUAGAAGCCUUCAGCCAGUUUACAAAAAUAAUCACCCCAGCAAUUACAAGAGUGGUUGAUUUUGCCAAAAAGCUACCUAUGUUUUGUGAGCUGCCAUGUGAAGACCAGAUCAUCCUUCUUAAAGGCUGUUGUAUGGAGAUCAUGUCCCUCCGAGCAGCAGUGCGGUAUGACCCCGAAAGUGAAACUCUAACUCUGAAUGGUGAGAUGGCAGUGACAAGGGGGCAGCUAAAAAAUGGAGGACUCGGUGUGGUUUCAGAUGCCAUCUUUGACUUAGGGGUGUCGCUUUCUUCAUUCAGUCUUGAUGAUACCGAAGUCGCCUUGUUGCAGGCUGUGCUGCUUAUGUCAUCAGAUCGCCCUGGCCUCACUAGUGUGGAGAGAAUAGAAAAGUGCCAGGAAGGUUUCCUCUUGGCUUUUGAACACUACAUUAAUUACAGGAAACACAACAUUGCACACUUUUGGCCAAAACUGCUGAUGAAAGUCACCGACCUCCGCAUGAUUGGAGCGUGCCAUGCCAGCCGGUUCCUGCACAUGAAGGUGGAGUGCCCCACUGAACUGUUUCCCCCACUGUUCUUGGAAGUGUUUGAGGACUAGAACAGACUGUGCUUCUGGAUUCUCAGCACUUCUGGGGGGUCUCCCCUUCCAUUCCAUUGCCUCCGUCACUUUUUAUUUUGUUCUUGUCCGUUCUUAAUAGACAUGGAUGAUAAUGUUCCUCUGAUGCGGGUACUUGUGACUGACGUGUUUUCCUUAUCCUGUCCAUUUGAUGUGAAGUUUAUCCGUGGAAGUUCAAUCUCUUUCUUACCGAAGAGACUGGCAACAUAUUACACAGCGGUGUGUUUGGCUGUCCUUCCAGUUUUAAAGCAGUUUUGGGGGGGUGGGGAAGACAAAACAAAUAAUGUAAAUGAUUUUGCAUUCACCAGCACUACAGAUCCAACACAGCAAAGGUAUUUUCAAAUAUUGUGCCUGCGGCUACCAUCCCUACCAACCAUCUCCUGCAACGAUCACUCACUCGUGCAAUGUGGGGCAGUCAUUACCAUGUAUUGCUACAGUAUGCUGUUUCCUCCAGGAUCAAGGCAGAUAUUUGGUUGUAUCACUAGAUGGUAUUUUAUAAUUUAUUUUUAAACGUAGAUUGAACCACCCAUGGUCUGGCACUCUCUGUGCCCCAGCUGAGGAUAUUUGCUAAGUAUAUUUUCUUAGUUGUUUUGUUAGGAGGAGAUUUAGUCUGGUAAUAGCCCUAAUUCUACCUUUAUACUUUACAAAAACACAAUAAGCCUGAAAAGAAUGUAUUUUUUUACUCUAGCUUUUCCAUGUCCAACAUCAACUUAUGUUUUGUUUUUUUUUUUGUACUGAAAGAAAUGCGCUAAACAGAAAUAGAUAUUUAGGCAGAAACUACAUUAGCUCACUUUCGUAUCAUGUAGUGUGUUUUGAUGGGCUGACUGUAUAGAAUUAGUUCUUUAAUUCUGCACAUUCCCUUCUCAGGUAUUUGGAAGUACACUUUUCUGGAAUGCUUUCUGUUUCACCAGUAUCCUAAGCCCUCUGGCGGAUGAACCAUGACACAUUGUCUCCAGCAUCCCCACCACCUGUAGCUGAACUGCCAAUCCUAACAGCCGUCUGCAAUGUUCAUCUGCUGAGGGGUGGCAAGUUCAACCUCAGCUGGAGGAUCUGGUAUUAGAAAUUCCUAUGCUAUAGAAUGGCAAAAUAUGAGAUUUGGUAACAUUACAAAGAUAUAAACCCAGUUCAUAAGUAAAUGGCAUCCAAAAUCUUGAAAUGUGAUCAUUUUUUAACCGUAGCGCUACCUCCUUCAUUGUCAGAGUUCUAAUAGUGCCUAGGUAUGAAGCAGUGGCGUCACUUCCAUGCUGGAAGACCUCAAGUCAGGCAAACUGCUUUAUUACCUUAUAUCUUCUCACUUUAUCAGGCUACUCAUAAACUGUGUUCAUCCAGGUUAAAAUAUAUUAAUUCAGGUUCUUAUCAGCUGCAAGAUUAUUAUAUAACAGAAAAUAUAUUUAUAAAAAAUGAAUUUAAAAAUGACUAAAAAAAUACUUUUGCCAAUAACAAAAAUAAUUCUAGUUUUAGGCCCAUGAGAAUUAGCAAGAAAACAAUGAAUUGAGUAGGAGCUUUCUGCUUGCUUUAAAAUACAGAUUACUGUGAGUUCUUUCAAUUACCAGUGAAAAAGAACUGGUUAUAAAAGGCCCAUGGUUCUAAUGUAGGAUAUUCUGCAAAAGAAUGAAGCCAGCAAUCCUGUGCAUAUUUAUAAAUGUUGCAAGUUUUGUCUCUAGGAGCAGAAUAUAUGUUAGUGUUCUUUUAAAGAGGUACUUAAAUGCAAUUCUUUUAUGCAGAAAGAAGACUGAGAGGUAAUUAAUGUGUAAUAUAAUAUAUGUGUGUAUAGAUGUAUAUGCAUAUGUAUCAUUUUAAAAUGGUAUGGUUAGUGCUCUUUUCCAGAUGAUCUAGCUCAACAGUGUUUUUAUAAUUCAACUUUAAAAUUAAAUCCAAAAGAUUUUAUUUUGUAUUGUAUAAAAAUUCUAUAAAACCUGAAAAGGUUAUAUUAAACUGAAACAACUCCUUUUAACAUAUGUUAAUCACAAGGAGGAUAUUUUUCUAUCAGACAGGACAUUGUCUAUGUAGGGUUUGAAAACCAACCCACCUUCAUAACUUCAUACACUCAGGAAAGCAAUCUUGCCACCAGGAAAUAUGUACAAGGAAAAUUGAUUUUUUUGGUUCACUUCAUUUAACAAAAAAUUCCUUUGGCCUUAAUCAGUGGCCUGCCUCUUAACAAUUUGAUCUUUGCAUGUCAGCAAGGCUAAUUGGCAUCUGCCCCUUUGUUUAAACGUUGGUAGAAAAUGGAAAGGAAAGGAAUUUAAUUGAAUCUUAUAUGAAUGCUUGGCAAUGGUAAUGCUUAGCUUUUUAAUACUCUAUUUGCUUUCAUCCAGGGCAAGGCAUACACAUUAAUCCAGCAAAUAGCCUUAGUAGUUAUCCUCUCCGAAUUAGUUUCCAACUGGGGGAUCCAGGGCCAAUCGGUACUGCCACCCCUGGGGCCCCAGUCGCGAGGUUGUCCAUAUGCCAAAGCCGCGCCCCCCCUGUUUGUGCCUUGUACUUUUCCCUUAAAGCUAUGAUUGGGGGGAGGUCAGGGAUGAGGCAGUGCCGGGUGGUGUCGGGUCUGGGUCAGUGAGGCCUAUGUGGGCUGAGGCCCACCAGGGUUUUGCCGGUGUCACUCCAGCCCAGUCCUACCCUGCUCCAGAUCAUCAAACACUAGGGGACAAAGUCGUCAUAAAUCUGUUAAUUCCUCAAAGUGUGUUCAACUGAUUUUAGCUGUUGAACACUGUUCAAUAAAGAGUUUCAACCAGGGAUUAUUGCAGUAUCCUUCAGUAAAAAAAUCAGACUUAAAAUAAAAAAAAUCUGCCCCCAAAUUGUUUUUUCUUUCAUAACUACAGAUAUACUUUUUUUUAUAGAAAGUCCAGUUCAGUUUGUGUGCCUAGUUCUGUUCUAAGGUUAAACAAGGGAAGGAAAUAAAUUGCAUUUAUACUGACGCUUUACUAGUACAAAUCAUAAAUAUGAUUGAUUAUAUUGUGGAUAUUAGAAAGGUGGCAGUGGCGAAUUCCAUUAAUUUUAGUCUUUUUGCAGUACAGGUAUUGCAACUGCCUUUAGGAAUUUAAUGCCAUUCUUUAAAUUACAUAAAGUCAUUAUUUUAUAAUCCCUUGUGUGAUCUGUGUAACAGUAAGAGGAAUUUACAGUCAUCAAUAUAAACAUGAACCCAAACUUUUAUGGUUCUUAAACGGGAACUAUUGCAAAAAGGACAAAUUAAUAUAAGCUUCAUGACAUGGAAAUAAGAAACAUUUUACAUAUAAUCAAUUGAAAAUUCUGUGCACUUUCUAAAAUAAUCCAGUUACUCCUCACUACCCUCUCGCAGCAUUUGCCUCUCUAAAUUUAACUUCAGCAUGAAGGGAAAUUAAAAUGGACAGGUUAAUACAUCUUUUAGGGGAGGAUCCUUUUUCUAGCAGAUAUAUUCACAUAACUGACUCCAACACAAACAAUAGCUGAGAAAACAACUGGCUCAAACCCUGCAUGUAAAGAGGCAGAAUUUCUGCCAGUUAUUUGUGAGAGUGAGAUCUAUCUUCUAGGCAAGGGUAGCCCCCAAAAGUUAUACUGAACUGUCAUUCUCUGAAGAGAGAAUAAAUAGAGACAGAUUGCUAGGAGAGGGGUAGGGAAGGGUAACUUGACUUUUUUCAGAUAUAGUAAAGAAUUUAUAUUUAGAAAAAUUUCAUUUUCACAAUAGUUCCCCUUUUAUAAAUGGUCAGCAAUAUAAAGAACUGUAAGAAAACAAUAGGGAUGCAGAUUUAUUAAACAGACAGUUUUGUUGAUUUUUUUUCUCUUUUCACUGGAUUAAUGGAAAUAAUAAAUAGGUACAGUACCUUUUUUGAAGGUAUUACUGCUAGCUGCAUAGGUUGUCUGCCCGAAACCUUAUUUAUCAUCUUUCAUAGCCCUCCUAAUGUAUUAUAGUCCACUAAAAGGAUUUUACCAGCUGAAUAAUAUAAAACCCUUUAAAGUAAGAUAAGUAAUAAUGCAGAUACAUUUCUGGAACCAUGCCAUAGGAGGGGGUGGUUACUUCAUGAAGGUGUAAAAAUCCUUUUCAGGGGGAAUUUUAUAGAUUUUGUCCCUUUCCAGGGGUGAAACACAAAAGUGCCUCACAGAGAAAUACAUUUAAUAUAAUCCCUAUGAGAUUUCACUGCUGCUGAGGCUAGCCACAGAUUCCUGACUAAAUUCCUCACUGCAUAAGGGUUUAGUCUACAGCUAGUCUGUAUUUCACUUCGGCCUCCCUCAUUCAAAGUCCAGAAGCCUAAAUUUGUCACAAAUAUAAUUUAGUCGCUCAAAUAGUUCUCAGACGAGUUAGUUGCCUUGGGAUUUGAUACAUAGAGGAAGGUGAAUAGGAAAACAUGACACAGUAUUUGACAUGAUUGAUUUCCCCUCAAAAAAUGCCUAAUGUUUGGCUUGCUUAAACUUAAAAAAUUAAGAUUAUAGGGGGAAACUGUGGCCUGAAUUCUGGAACAGCAAGUUCCAAACACACAAUUUCCUUAAGACAAAAGUGUCAUUCAUUUGCAUAGCGCAGUUGCAUAGUAACAUAACCUUACAGCUCAGAUACAGUAUUAAGUAAUAAGAACAGUAUUUAGUGAUAUUCCUGCGCCCAAGAUAUUUCAAACAAGUUCUACCACUAGCAGUAAAGAUUAUAAGACCAGUGGGAGGGACUGCCAUUUUGUUCCUUUUAAUAUACCUAUUACUGGUCACAAUCUCUUCUAAAUCAAAACAAAGAAAAAAGUGAAUUAACACUAGCAAUGAUCUGAAUGCACCAUUAAAUACUAAACAAGUAAUGAGAGGGACUUUGAUGGAAAUAGCUAGUGUCAACUGGAUAUUCUAGGGUUUAUUACAGCAGCAGCCAGAACCUGUUGAGGAUGAGACCAGAGGUGCUAUAUUAUGUGUGAUUUGUACACCACUUCUGGUUACUCCUCUUUCCAUCACUUACUCUAAAUGCCAUUCACAAACUGAUUGAGAAGCUUGCAGAAUACCUUAGUUAUAUCGUUGCAUAUGGGAUAGGCUCUGUCUGAAGACUAUCCUGCUGCCAUGUAUCUUUAUAGUAAUAAAGACAUGUAUGGAUAAGCUCAGCAGACUAUAGCAGCAAGUGAUUUGAACCUUGAGAUGAUUGCUGUAGUUGUGCGUCUGCUGUGUAGGAAUAAAACAGAUCAACAAAGCUCCUUAUUUGCCAGUAGAGUUGAAUAGUGCACAAGUGGAUUAGCAAUGGUUUAGCCAUUAAAUCAGAGACCAGAACUGUGAACAAUUAAAGACAGAUAUAUGUCAAAAAGAUGAAGUGAAAUGCAUAAUAAUUAUCCGUUACACUGUAUAAAUCCUAGAAACCAGGUUAUAAGUCUAUUGUUGGAUUAGUCGCAUGUACAAACUCAUACUGUGCGUUCAAAAACAGUCUAUGCCUUCUAUCAUUUUUAUUGUUGAAAGUACAGUUGCCUUAAACCUUAUACCAAAUGUAUUCUUAUUCAGGUAUUUUCAAAGAAAUCAUCUAGAGAAACUCCAUAAUAAUAGGGUCUUUAAUAUAAAUUUCUCAUUCAUAACUGAACUGAUAAAACGGCUAGGUUUUUCAUUUUUAAAGUCUCUUAUAGUUUAUUGAUUUCCACUUAUCAGCCACACAAUUUCUGCCUUCAGCCAGAUGCCAUGGCAUCAAAGUGACCAGAUCACUAUGUGAAAGCUGUGCUGGUUUCUUAAAGGAGAACUUAAAUAGAGCAUUGCUAGAAAUGUUGUAGUUUUUCAACUGAAUUCACUGUCCCAGCCCCGAGGUUCAGUGGCUGUAUAAUAUCAAUGUGUCAUGCCUUCAAAUUUGUGCACAUCUUAAAUCUUUGAGGGCUAGUGGCACUGCACAUGCUCAGUGUGCUCUUGGCUGCUGAGGGGCAGAUUUAUCAAAGGGAAAAUAGAGCUCACCACAGUAACAUCUCACCCACUGAUAAAUACGCUUCUAAAAAUCCCAUACGAAAGAAUAGAGAGUGGGGGAAUUUUGGAGGCACAGAUCUUCACCAAAGAUGCUUUGAUGGCCUUGGCCUGGUACAGAGGCACAAAGCACAAAGGGGCAAAUUUAUCAAAGUGUGGAAUUAAAGCUCACUACAGAAAAAUUCCCCAUUUUUAGCCUAAUGCAUUGUUGAACUUUAGUUCUCCUUUAAGUACUCUGAUGUUUCCUCUCCUCUGAAACUAUGUGAGCAAUCACGCACCCUUUCAAUGCUUCAGAUUUCACAUAAAGCACUCCAUUAGUAAUAAAAAGUACAUCUUUGAUUCCAUGUCAUCUUGAUAUAUGGCCAGCGGUUAUUCAUCUGUGACACCAAUAACAAAUAUUUCCUAGUUUUACAUGAAUAUUUUAGCUUUUCUUCAUAUUUGAAAUGUUACAUUUCUAUUCAAACUUUUCCUUUUAGUAUUAACAGCAGGGAAAUAUUGUGCAGGUAAAAUUAUUAAUCCACCAGCAAAAACUCAGCACAGACGCGCGCCUUACAGCUACGGGCGCAAUCACAGCGCCAUCAGCAAACGGCUCAGUAAUCACAUUCAUACAAGCAAUAUCGCCAUGACUGUGCGCUGAAUGCUUAGCAGCCAUACUCCCCUUCUCAUACACAGCCCCCAGUAUAUUCCACCGCUCAUAGCAUUAGAAAUACUAACGUGAUAGAUAAGUGCAUUUAAUAGAUGCAGAAUUUCCCAGUGUCCUUAAGCUACUGUCACAGCUUCUCUGUGCUUCAUAUACUUGUUCACUUACAUAAAGAUGAUAAGAGUGGGCACCUUAUAUACAGAGAUACAGAAUACCAAAUAUAUUUACUCCUGGUACAGGUAUGGGACCUGUUAUCCAGAAUACUUGGGACCUGGGGGUUUUGGGAUAAUGAAACUGAAAACGUGGAUGCCAUUUCCAGAUCUUAAAGGUGAAGGGAAGUCAUUUUGGCAUUUUACUGCCGAUAGGUUUGCCACAUUAGUGCCACCUAGAACAUUUUAUUAUUAUAUUAUAAUCAGAUUAGAUUUAUAACCUGCAAUUAUAAGAAAAAUUCAUUCUGUAGGUUUAAGACUUUCAGCUCUCUUUAUUUUUUGGAUUUUGCAAUUAGAGAUUGCCCUGGAAUACACCUCUCUCUCUCUCUCUCUCUCUCUCUAUAUAUAUAAUGAAUAUACUGUGGCUGUGUAUAAUUCAUACAAAGAUCAUGCAAUCACAUUCAGGAAUUGUGCUGCCAAUAUAAUGUUACCAAAUCUCAUAAAGGGUUCUAUUUCCUAAGCAUCGCAAGCAAGAAUCAAACUUGUUUGUAAUUGUGUGUAUGUAACGAGUCCAGGUAACGAGCGGGACGGGCAAUUCUACCAAACUCCCCUCUGAACAUGAACUGACCGUUGUUAAAGGUACAUCAGCUCUAGUGUUCUUUCUGUUUAUGCUAUAGAAUGAAUUUAUAUAUGUAUAUACUUGCUCUCUAGCUGCAUGCAUCACUGUUCCAAUCACGUAACGGAUAUUCACUUUUGUACAGGCUAAACCUUUUUGAAAGGUGACUAUGAGGAGAAAUUAUAAGAUCUCAGCAAAGAAAGUAAUUGCGACAGGGAAAACAUUGGCGCAGCUUUAUCUGUGCUGAAGUUUGGAAAUUGGCCAAAUUGCUAAAUCUGAGAAUCAGUUACUCCAGUAAGUUGUUUCGCCACAGUGGAUUGCGUGGUGCCGCUGGGAAUGGGCCGAUAUAAAUAUCAAAUGACUGGGGAUCUUUUCAGCCUCACAGGGUUUGUUAUUCUUGUCCAGUGAAUAGGAAAUCCGUGUGGUGCCAAAAGGCCUCUAACCCGUCGUUGGUGAUAUUAUAGUGCCCAUCCCCAGCCGCAGCACAGUAUCUGCCCACAGAUCAUAUGGUGAUUUAGUGGGAGAACCUGCACAGAUUCCACUGGGUUUUACAAUAUGCAUGAUGGAAAAUGAAAUAGGAACAACUAUUCACUUAACUUUACAGUACGUAGGGCCCUGGGGUAUCACCAGAUUUCUAUUGUACACUGUUGCCAUAUUAUUAUAGAAAAGCACUUUUACCUCAAAGAGGCAACCACACCCUGGGGAAGAUGAGGGUUAUGGUCUAAAACUGACAUAAGGAAAUGUGUAUUUAGAAUGAUAAGCAGAGUCAGUCCUAAAAGAAACGUACUGCACCUUGUCAAAGGCUAAUAUUUUUAUUCUGUACCCAAAAGAGACUCCCUAUAUAGAAUAAUUUUUUAAAGAAAGAUUAUAUUAUAUUAUUGCAUAGAUAUUUAUUUUCAGCAUUGCAUCCCAAAUAAUGACUAUUUUUACUAUGCAGAUAUUGACUGCACAAGCUAAAGCAAAGGAAAUACGUUAAAAACCAGAGGAAAAAAGGCAAAAGGUUUGGCCUUACCGCUACACAUAGAUUGUGAUGUCAAUGGAAAUAACUGUUUAUACUGAACACAACACAUUAUUGUUUGCUUGCUGAUGGGGAUCUUACCAGGCAAGGUGGAGACAUUGAAGGAAAUGUCAGUAAUGCAGGUCUUGUAGAUUGACUCCAAUGGGGGAAAUUGUUAGGAAUAAUAAAAUUAAACAUCACAUUAAUUUUGUCUGGAGAGCAUCAUGGUUCAGGCUGUAGUUCAUUUUACUGUAUGGUGCCUUCAAGAUCAACCCGUAGUCCUAUUAAUCCCCCACAGUGCUAAAACCCCUGGCUCUGCCAAGCUCCUCCAGCAACAAGCAAACCCAGGCAGCCUGUUGUACGCUGCUUUUCUGUUGCACAGUUUGUCUUCUCCAUGGCAUCAACAGAGUCUAUCUUUGCACAAGACAAUCAUGUCAAACAGAGAAAAGGCUGUGGAUAGUUUGGUUUAUAUGGAGACUGGGCAGAGGUUCAAGAGAUUGUAGAUAUUAUUGCCAUCUCCAAAAGUAUCCAAGGUGCACAUCUGUGCUUCACAGCUACAGUCUAUACAGUCUAUAAACUUGUACAAUCUACAUCCGCUCAUCUUCUGCUCAGCAGAUAUUGCACAUGUCUUUAAUAAGUAUAAGCCCAGCAACUCCACUUUUCUUUCGCUUCAUUUGCUUCUGGGAUGUACAAUGGAUCCCAUAUAUGUAAUAUAAAAACUUGCUAAUGUCCAGAACUAUCAAAAUAUGCAAAUAAUUCAAACAGGACAGAGCCAUUUCUUAUGGGGGGAAUGUAAUACAUGAGCACACUCAGCUCUUUGGUCAGAAUCCAAAGCAUUUCAUAGGUUUAGCUCUACCUUUCACACAGACACUCGGCUCUUCAUCAUCUCGGGCUCAUCAGUGACUUGAAUAAGUCAAAAUAGCUACAUUUUAUACAAAGUCUGAGACCUACAAGGCAUAAGCUCACAGCCCCGAGUGCUAAUAAAGUGAGACUGUGUGAACAAGUAGGAUAUCACUGUAGAAAGCACAAAAAAUGGUGUUUUUUAUUUGUUAAUGUAGACAAGACAAUAGGUUGCAAUUCAUGUAUCUCUGUGCAUUUUAUAUGUUGGCUUCACUUCUGCAUGAAAAGGGGUUAACAACAGAUAUCUGUGACAUUGACCGGCUACCUCCCAAAAUAUAGCACUUAUAGCAGGGUGAUAGACUCAUCAGAAUCAUAUGACUAUGAAAUAUUUCUGGGAACUGUUUUGGAAUAAGCAUUGAUUUCUAUAGAUGUAAAUGCUACACGGUUAAUUGCAAAACAUGAUGAAAUGUUGCUGUACUAUAAUUGUUCUUUUUAUGGUGCGUUUUGCAGUUUGUAAGUACAUUGAGAGACUCUAUGAUGGUUCCAAUAUGGUUUUCAAAUAAAGACACAAGGUGAAAAGGAGCUUAAGCUGUAUUUGUACUUUCCCUGCCUUCAUGUAUAAACCACAUUCAAGCUCAUACCUAGGCAACAUUUUGCAAACAGUGUUAAGUUAUACUGCUAAGAUUGUCAUUUUUUGUAGCAUAACAAAUUAACAAAUAAAUAUAUAAAUAUAUGCAA